CAAAUUUGCCGAUUUAAAAAUGAAACUAGAUGGAGCUGCUGUAUUAUUCAGGAAGUGGAUAAAAUGAUGGAGAAAAAUGGCUUUAUUUAAAAUAAAAAGUGUCAUCAGUAGCAAGGAUCAGGAUCUUCUUGAGGCAGCCAAAUCUGGAGAUGUUGAAGCUAUUGUUAAAAUUACCUCCAAGAAACGUCAAAGUACAGCCAGUCAAGUGUUUACAAGUUUUUUGAAAGGAUCAAUUAAUAUCAACUGUGUUGAUAGGGAGGGAUACACACCAUUGCACCUGGCAACACUAAAUGGACACAAAUCAGCAGUAGAAUGUUUGUUGACCCUGGAUGCCUCGGUCAGUUCCAAAGAUAACAGUGGCUGUACUCCACUACACUUGGCAGCAUGGAAAGGAUACGAUGAAAUCUGUACCCUCUUCUUAACAUUUACUAAUGCUAUCAUCCCUAUAGAUGUACAGAACAGUCUUGGAGACACAGCCUUACAUAUGGCUGCCCAAUAUGGCUACAAAGAUGUGGUAGAUGUCCUCCUACAGUACAACGUUGAUGCUACUAUUCGGAACUUAAAAGAUCAAUCAGCUUUAGAUCUUGCUGCCCAGUAUGGAAGACAUGAUGUGGUUCAGCUACUGGUUACCAAGAACCCAGAUCUGGUCAAGCAUACAGUCACAUCACACUCCCCCCUACACCUAGCUGCCUCGUGUGGACAUGUACAAAUUAUCAGUACAUUACUGGAGGCCGGUUAUGAUAUCAAUACAACAACGACCGGUGGAACAGCACUCCAUAUUGCUGCUAUGUACUGUAAAACAGAAGUGGUCAAGUUACUGGUCGAAAAAGGUAUAGAUAUACAUGCCCAGGAUGGAGAGGGUAAAACAGCUCUAGAGAUUGUACUGAAGAAUGACCAGUCACAGCAGAAAUAUGCUGAAAUUGCCAAAUUUAUCAGAGAUCACAUAAUGAUAUCUGGUGCAGCAGACGACCCUCAUGAUGAUGGUAAUGUGUAUGACACAUCAUUUAAUGUGAAAUCAGCAACACCUCCACCAUUAGCACCUGCUGUUGAGGAAGAUCUCACCAAAGACCAAACAAGCAGCAGUAAACCAGAAGGAAAGGAAGAACCAGAAAUCAAAACCAGACCUGUACCUAAACCCAGACUGUCUCUUGGUGAUGCUGUUAGUGAUGAGGAGAGAAAGUCUGCCUUGUAUACCAAACCCGAUAAAACUAGAAAUAGAAUUGACGAUUCUCCAGUGUCAGUUAGAAGUAUCUCACCUCCUAAACCAGCACCAAGAGAAUCAAAAGCUAUUUCUCCUGAUUUUAAAUUUGAACAUUACCCACCAGAUUUACCAAAGAAAGAAAGAGAUUCCGUGCCACCUCUGCCACCAAAGACAGAUGAUAUCCCAAUCCUGCCACCAAAAGUUAUGUCACCAACUGCUGAUAUGGUCGUAGCUGAUUUACCACCAGUCAGAUCUAAAAGUCAAGGUUCAUUUGAUGGUCCUCCACCAUGUGAAGGGGGGACUGUGGAUUCAGAAUAUACAGAAGAUAUUUAUGCAAAUGUAACAACAGGAUAUUUUGUUAUGACCAAACCAGUCGAUACAGAAGGUUCUACAUUAAGUCCUGCUUCAAAAAAGAAAAGACCAGCCAAACCUCCAAGGAAAAAGAGUCCAGCACCGUCCAGGAAGAUGGAGCAGAGUCCAAUUAACGUUAAAGAAAUAGAUAAAGAGGAAUAUGAGACCAUGUCUAAUGUUAAAAAAACAGAAUCUGAAUCGAGUUUUACUGAAGACGUUUAUAAUGCUUUAUUUUCUGGCUUUAAAACUGAGUCUAAAGAUAGCAGUGAUGCUGAAUCUAUAAAUAUGAGUACCGCAUCUGAAUCUCCGUCAUGUGAUACAGAAUAUACAAAUAUAGGUGCUGUUGCUGAAUCUCUGUCGUGUGACCCAGAAUAUACAAAUAUAGGCUCUAUUUCUCAAUCUAGGUCAUGUGACCAAGAAUAUACAAAUAAAAACAUUGCUUCCGAAUCUGUUUCUAGUGACCCUGAAUACACAAACACAAGCAUGGCUGCUGAAUACCGCUCCUCAAAGUUAACUGCUGAUGAUGAAAAAACUGUGCCAUUUACCAAAUAUAGCGAACCAACAUCCCCGUCAAAAGACAUCAGAACUGAGAGAGUUGAAUCUCAUUGUACAGAAUUACGGGGAGAAAUUCAGAGUACGUCUAGGUCAACUAAAUUAGACAGAACUUCAACGGGGUUUGGACAGACCAGUACAAGUGAUGAAAUACAUAGUAAAGACCCAUUGUCAUUGUCUGUGAUUGAUAGUGAAAGUGAUAAGACAAUCCCUGAAGUGUUUGACAGUAAGGAAAAUAGUAAUGACUGUAAAAGCAUUCCAGGGACAGAGAACUUAUGUGAAUCAAAUAACUGUGAUAGUGACAUUCCAGACGGUGAUAUUCGUAAAUCAUGUUCUAUAAAUAAAAGCAUUCCUGAAAAAAGUGAUUCAAAAGUAGACAUUCCAGAUAAUACUUUACAAACUGAACAUAACAUUCCAAAAAACUGUUUACAAACUGAAAAUAACAUUCCACAAAAUACAGACAUUCCACAAAAAAAUGUUGAGACUGAAAGUAGUGUUUCUGUUUUAUCUAGUCCAGACAAAGAAAACAAAGGUACAGAUAGUGCUAGACCAGAAAUAAAACCUCGACCUAAGUCAUCAUACAAACCCUUGGCUGAUUCAUCGCCCCCAGAGCUGCCACCAAAAUCCAGUCUAAGUGAUCUGACCAAAGAUUUAGUGGUAGAUGAGAAAAGGAUUUCUAAUGGAUCAGGAGAACCAAAGGAUUGUGAUGAGUGUAAAACACCAAAGCCUCAUUCAUUAGAGUUUACCAAGAAAAGGUUGUCGGAGCACAGAUUUCCUACGACGCCAACAGGCUACCCACAACCACCAACACCUGACUUCCCACCUCCGUCCCCACACACAGCAAGGAAGGGGAUAGAACAGAAAAUAGCAGACAUAGAAGUGCCUUCUAAUAAGAGAUCAUCAAGAGAUAUAGAGACUAUUACAGAAGAUUUAGUAAUGGAUGGGAAAACUUCUGGGGAUAAUUUAUCUCAAUCAAAUACCAAAGAAAUAAGUGAUCAGGCAAAAUUACAAAAAGUUGAGAACAUUGUUCCUAUAAAACAAAAGGAAAGUACAGAACACAUUGAAAGUGAAAGUGAAAGAAGGUCACAUGACAAGAAAGAUGAAGAAGAAGUUGUUGUUUUAAGGAAGUCAUCUCGGACCAGUACAGGAAGUGGAGGACAAGAAAUAUUAGUUGGGGAUGACCUUGAACCUUUUGCUGCUGCUUUGAGUAACGGAGAUUCUUCUAGCUGUCUUUUGAGAGGAUCAGUAAUUGGUGGACCAAGAAAAGUUGUUUCUCAAAUUUAUGAACAUGUGGCUGUGCCACUCAAAAGGACAGGUGGUAAGAGGACCUCACUACCACUAAGCAAUAUGACCUUUGAACCUGUAAUGGAAAGAGAAGAAGAUGGUGGCCAUGACAAGAGACCAGACGUUGAUAAGUCACAUGACUUGAGACCCAUUAAACUCUCAGGGAUGAAAGAGGAUAGCUCAUUUGAUGAUAAAGAUGAAUGGGACCAGAUUGCUGACAUUAUGGCCUCCUUUGGUUCAGGGAUAGAAAGAGAAUCAGUGUUUGUAGAAAAGUUUGAAGCUUUGUUUACUAAACAUCUGGCUGCUCCAGGUUCAAAUGCCUCAAUCCAUAGUGUUGGAGAAUGGUUGGAGUCCCUUAGUUUGGGCCAGUAUGAAAAUACUCUGUAUGCUAAUGGCUUUGAUGAUACAGAUUUUCUGGGGGAGAAAAUCAUGGAAGAACAAGAUCUGGAAUCUAUAGGUAUCUCAACAUCUGACCACAGAAAGAAGAUACUGGACCAGGCAAAGAGACUUCCACAGAUUAAACCUAUAAAUGCUGAUUGUCCACCAGUGUCCGUGGAGGUUUGGCUGAACAGUUUACGAUUACCUCAAUACCUAGAUAAAUUUAUAUCUCAUAAAUAUAAUACAAUGGAGAGAGUUUUACAAGUCUGGGAGUUGGAACUCAGUACAGUUUUAGAUCUUUCAUCAAUGGGUCACAGAAAGAGAAUAUUGGCCUCAUUAGGGGACAGAUCUCCUCCAGAACGACAGUUUGCUUCAUUGAAAAAGAAGAGUCGAGUAGAAGAUCACCAAGACAAGAAAUCUCCAUUUACAGACAUCAACUUGUUCAAAGAUUAUACUAAAGUUAAACCAUUAACCUCAACCUCUGAAGAGGACAAGUCUUCCAAACCUCAGACUCCAUCUGUGGAAAAUAGUGAUAAUGACGAAGUCUUCCAUAACAAUGUACAGGGUAAGAGUAUAAAGGACACAUCGAUACACAUCCGACCUCCUCACCAAGCCAAUACAACAGCUCCUAUAAAACAGUGGCGCCAUCGUCCAGAGAUGUUAAUCAAAGGAUGCUGUAAUUAUACAGCGCAGUAUCUUGGAUCAACUUUGGUCAAAGAAUUAACUGGUACAAGUUCUACAAUAGAAGGCAUCACAAAGUUAAAGACUAAGUUUAAGAGGAAAAUUCAGAAAUCAGCUGAUGCCAUAGCAAAGAUCCCCACCAUUAUGUUGUCAAUAUCAUAUCGAGGGGUCAAAUUUAUAGAUGCCAAAUCAAAGAAAGUUAUCUGUGAUCACGAGAUAGUAAACAUAUUUUGUGCAUGCCAGGAUGCAGAGAGUAUGAACUUCUUUGCAUACAUCACACGAGACAAUGAAACUUGUAAACAUUAUUGCCAUGUGUUCAGUGUAAGGACUGCUGAUUUAGCUAGAGAGGUGAUUAUGACUCUUGGAGAAGCUUUCGAGGUCGCUUAUCAGAUGGCUCAGAAAGAAAAAGCCGCAGAGGAAGCCAAAGAGUUUGAACGAACACUGAGUCAAAGUGAUGCAGACGAUUCUUCACAGAGUAUAUCAUCAUCAAAAGCUUCGUUAAAUACUGUAUGACCUUGAGAAACAUGAGGAACUUAAAGG